AUGACAAAUGAGAAUAGACUGUUAGGAUUGUCGGUCGUGCCAUUCGUAAAACGUGAAGUGAAGUGUAUUUUUGUGAUGGCUUUGGAUGAAAUUUGUUGGAAGUUGCUGCUGUUUCCGUGGAUUGCCAAGUUGGGACAUUGGAAACAUUAUUGUGCAUUACAGUUGAAGACAACUACCCCGUUCCCGUUUAUAACGCUUCCCAACGGUUAUACCUUCCCGACUGGGACGACAACGUCUCCGUUCACGUUCACUCCAUUGACGACACAGUCAAUGGGUACGGCGCCACCUCUUACGUUCAGUACUGGAAGUCCCACCCCGACGAGUACAAGUACCACGUUCAGUACUACGCAGAGUGUUACGUUCAGCACCAUUCCAACGACCUUUCCAAGUUUGACUUCGACAACAUUCCAAACUACGUUGCCAACUGGUACUCCGAUCACCGUGACCACAGCUCCAAAUACUCAGACAAUAACUCAGCCAAUACUCACUAGUACAACUCCAUCUCCAAUAAGUAGUACUACAAGUACCAUAUCCCAAACAACUCAAACCAUUUCUGUCCCUCCAAUAACGUCAACCCUGUUGUCCUCGUUGUUCCCAACAGUCACGUUCACACCUCCGAUAGCCACUAGCACAAUUCCUGGAGUCACAUUAACCUCACUGCCUACAGUAACACCAGCGUCCAGCAUUUCACCCUUGCCCACAUUCCCAACCUUCCUGUCCACCCUAACUCCUCCGGCGAUAACCAGUACAUUUGCUACGACGACGAGCUGCCCUCCGGUUCCUCCCACGUGCCCACCAACGGUGACGUCUACCACAACUGGCACUUCCGUUCCGUCGCCAACUCCCAGCAUUGACCCCCGGCAGUUGGCCAACGGUUGUCCCUGUCUCGAUCCUCGCGGACAACUGGUGAAUUUGAAAACGUUUCGAUAGUCUAGACGAUGCCUGUUUUACUCCCGAUGGACAGACCGGAAUUUGUAUCUCGUAUGUAAACUGUGAUGUCAUUGUCCGCUUGCUGGUUCAAAACUCGCAGGUGCGUGACCCCAAUAUCGAGAGUUAUGUCCAGCAA